AUGGCUGCAGAGACCGUGACCCUCGAUAUCCUCGAAGAAGUGCUCGAAGAUGACGGCCAGGUCAAAGUCGCCGGCUUCGACGCCGACGGUAUACUUCGCGGCAAACUCGUGUCGAAGCGGAAGUUCCUCUCUAUCGCCCAGGAUGGGUUUGGGUUCUGCUCCGUUAUCUUCGGCUGGGACAUGCACGACCAGACAUACUUCAAGGAGCUGGGGAUUAGCAACAAGGAGAACGGAUAUCGAGAUCUGGUGGCUGUUCCGGACCUGAGCAGCUUCCGGAGGAUACCGUGGGAGCGAAACGUGCCUUUCUUCCUGGUCAGCUUUCUUGAUCCAGAGACCAAGAAGGCGAUCUCAGCGUGUCCGCGCGGGCUGCUGAGGGCUGCUACCGCUGGAUUGGAGGAGAAGGGCUACAAAGCCAUGGCUGGAGUGGAAUUUGAGUUCUAUCAGUAUAGAGCGCCGCCGACUGUUGACUCUGCAGAACGCAACUCGACGGGGACUGCCCGCUUUCUCCAAUAUAAUCCGGUUAACGACCUGCAGCCGUUGACAGAGGGGAUGUUUGGGUACAGCUUGACCCGAACCGUGCAUAACCAGGAAUACUUUUACCGGAUAUUCGACACCUGUCGCGAAUUCGAGUGUGACAUCGAAAGCUGGCAUACGGAGAGUGGACCUGGCGUUUUUGAAGCUGCACUGCAGUUUGGCGAAGUAAAGGACAUGGCUGAUCGGGGCGGUCUAUUCAAAUAUGUGGUCAAAUCCGUCGGCUCCAAGUUCGGUAUAACGCCCGUCUUCAUGGCCAAACCACGUCAAGGCCUCCCCGGCAACAGCGGCCACAUGCAUGUCUCCCUCGUCGACAAAUCAGGAACCAACCUGUUCGUCCGCGAGUCUCCCGAUCCCUCGCCGCCGUAUCCUGACCUAGCCUACAUCUCUGACAUCGGACGACAUUUCCUUGCUGGAAUUCUGGCUGGCCUGCCCGAUAUAAUGCCCAUUCUCGCACCCACAAUAAACUCGUACAAGCGACUGGUAGAAAAUUUCUGGGCGCCGGUGACGGUUUCAUGGGGUUUGGAGCAUCGCGCUGCGUCUAUCAGGGUGAUCUCCCCGCCGACCUGCAGCGGGAAGGGAACGAGAUUUGAAAUCCGUGUCCCCGGCGCCGACGUCAACUCACACUAUGUCCUCGCUGCAAUUGUUGCACUGGGGUGGCGUGGUGUGGAGAAGAAGCUUGACAUUCCUAUCCCUCCACUGCCCAAGGGCGAGGAUGUUGGCGGAACCGCAGACAAGGGCGAACGGCUGGCGAAGAACCUGAAGGAGGCCGUUGCUCGAUUCACGGACAAGGAGAGCGUUGCUCGCGAGGCGCUUGGAGACGAGUUUGUAGAUCAUUUUGGUGGGACGAGAGAGCAUGAGAUCCGUCUCUGGGAAGAGGCUGUUACCGAUUGGUAUGUUCUGUUUAUUGGUUUUCUGUUCUUGUUCGUUGCCUCUGGUGUCACGGUCAGAUCUGGCUAA